CGCAGCUUGGCUCUCGACGCGACAACAACGUUUUCGCGGCCGCGUACUUCGAGUUAGUUCGCGAGCGUAGUGCGUUUAAGGACGCGCGCGGGCGUAAUCGAUUUGGGAUUAUCUCUUCGGGAGGUGGGGGUUAUUGUUGGGAUCAAGUUGAAGAUUGUUUAGUGUUAGUUUGGAUCAGAAGUGAAUCAUGCGCGCGAAAACCAUUUGGCUAUGCUAAUAAAAGUGAUUAACGAAGCCCGCAUAGUCGAUGUCAAGUCGAUGAUCUAAGUGGGUGAUUUCGAAGAAUUUGUUCUGCGAUUUCGGACGCGCGAUCUCCACUGAGUCCAAGCAAAUCUACGAGCGAUUCCGUUACUGUUUGAUAUUCUCUUUUAGUGCAUUUCAUUGUGCGUAAUACGAGCAGUGUUUGUCCUCCACGCUGAAGCCAGAGUGUGUUCGUUGUGCAAAAAGUCUAAUUAUAUUUUAAUUAAUUAAUUACGCUACAUUUUAAUAGCGAACAAACAACUGGCAAACGGUCAUCGCGUCGUCGUCGGCGACAUCGUCAGUACACGACCAACCGACCGCGAGAACAAGUGGAUUCAACGAUGCGACACGCCACGAAUUUUGGGGACUAAGGUCUUCUAGACCGCCGGUUUUUGGCGACUGGCUGGCCCCAAGAUCAUCAUCUCGUUUUGCCGGCAUCUCUUGGAUGCAGUUAUUCCCGACGACAGUUUGUGCAUGACGCGGGAUCUGGUGACCACAACACUACUAUAGAGUGUACGACCAACAGCUGCUAACUGGUAACAAGAAGAAACAAGGAAGAUCGUGAAACUGUUGGAGCAUGUAAUUUUAAGCUGUUCAGUGUCCGUGAAAGUAACGAGGUCUAAUCAGUGCUCUUGUCAAACUCUUAAUCUUGAGAGUUUCAAAGAAAAUUUCAACCGGCAAAGAAACCCGUCCUUUCAAAUGUAACCGUGCAAAUGUUUAUCUUCCUCAACUACUAAGUUUGUUUGUGCAACUACGAAAUUCAGCUUUGUACGUACGUCGGGUAAAUGUUUACAUGCCCACCAAACUGCACAACGCGAGCUGAAAAUAUGUGAAUUAUGCAUCAACACAAGUGUUGUUACUCGAGCCAGCAACGGUCGUCGUCGUCGUCGCGGUGCAGUUGCGCUGGCAGGCUACUGUUGCUGCUGUUUGUGUGCAUUUUGGAUCUAACCGAUGGCAUGUACCACCACCUUCCGAGCCAGUGGCCAACGCCGGCUGACGUCACACCAAAACCCACUGCCCCCAGGCCACCACCGGAGCCUUACUUUGUGCCAACGGCGUCCAAGAACGCCACCAUCCGACAGGGUGAUCCCGCCUUCCUCAGCUGCCAGGUCGAGAACCUGGGCGCGUACACCGUGUCCUGGAUUCGGGUCCGAGAUCUACACAUCCUGACCGUUGACCGGUACACCUACACCGCCGACCAGCGGUUCCAGUCGCUGCACAACAACGAAACGGGCGAAUGGACGCUCAACAUCAAGUGGACCGAGCGGAAAGACACCGGCAUUUACGAGUGCCAAGUUUCGACGCUGCCCGUCAAAAGCUUGGCACUGUAUCUGAUUGUGCUAGAUGAAUCCGAGCUGGUGCGGAGACAGGAUGAUAUUUUGUACGACCUACCGGUGCCAGUACCGGAACAGCAGUCGAAUCGAGUCAGCUUCAGCAGCAGCAACAGCGGCCAAGCCAACCAGGCAAAUGGAGACAUUUACAAUCGGAUGUAUGCGGAUCGAGACUAUCUGUAUCUGGCCGCCACGACGCAGAUUCUCGAGGGCACCAUGGUGUACGGGUACAAGGGGGAAGAUCUGAACCUGACCUGCAUGGUGAAUCACAACUACGACCGGCGGCCGAACCACGUGAUUUGGUAUCACCAGAAUGAUAUCGUCGCGUACGAACAGCUCCGCAAGCGGGACAGGUCCCCGCUCAACAGCAUCACGUCGUACCACCUGAUACGGAACGUGGACUUUGACGACGCCGGGAACUACACGUGCGCCCCGGAUAUUUACACCAGCGCGAGCACCAUCGUGCAUAUUCUGGACGGUGAUGAGAUGCAGAGCGCGAAAAGUAAUGCGGCCAGUGCCUUCGGGACACUGCCGGUGACGACGGUGACCGCCCUGGCGUGGACGACCGUCUUCGGACUGCUGUGCAUACUCUAUUGCCACCCGGACAAUGCGCGAUGACGGCGACAAGACGACGACAGUUAAUUUAUACAUUUCAAUGUUCGAGGAUUGUAAAUAAUUCAACGAAAGAUCUAGUUGUUAAGCCAAUGAGUUGUACAUUAAAAAUGCGCAUCUUGUAACAUUUAA